AUGCAGGUUUCAUCAGAUGGGACGUGUUCAGCGGAGAUAACCACGGCCUUCGUUAAGGGGAUGGCUCGAGGAAAUGAUCUAGUGACCAUUCUCCCAUACCUAGGCAGUCACCAGCUUGCGACUUUGAAGUCUUCCCGUCCGUGGAGGUGGAUGAAUUGGGAGCGUUGCAUUGCGAAGAAGAAUUUUUCAGCGCAGAGCGCAAAGAUGCCACGCGGAUCUAGCUGGGUUAGUGAUGGGAUGGAUUAUGGUAAGAAGAGGUCACACGGAAAAGGACCAACGCUACCUAUAACUUGCCAUUGGAGUGCUACGAUGCAUUUUGAGCUAAAUCGCAGGGCCUUGCUCGUCCACAUGUGCGCUCUUGCAAGUCUCUUCGGCUGCAGGACCAAGAUUUUGCAGAAAGAAAUUCGGUCGGGUAGACUGGGAACGCCAACUGUAUUUGAGACCGUAGUGAUCUCGUUGGCUUUUGAGCAUGUUGGACUGAAUACAAGCUUGACAGCGGGAUCUACGCCUCAAGCGCUGACUGCACUACCUAUAAAGAACUCGUGGAUUGAUGUCUUGUCUUCCUGCAUGCCGAGCCAGAUUGCAUCUAUGAACAUCACGCCUUGCCUGUAUUAUGAAGUUGUCCAAUGCCAAGAGAAUGGAGCUUGGCGGUCUUGCUUGGUUGACCCAUGUGAAGUAAAAGGGAGAAUUGACUGCCUUGCCACGACCGAUCUCGAUAGGGAACUCUACGUAACCGUUGCAGUCGUCACCAUCGUCAUCGUGAGAACUCUGGUAGCAAGACUCGCUUGCAGGACUUCGUCAUCGAUAUUUCCAGUCCACGAUCGUCAACAGCUAAGAGCCAUGGUGGUCGGCUUAUGCCAGGGAGUGAAUGAAUGCUCUGGCGCGGUGAAAAAGAAACUUGGAGGUAGGGACCAAAUCAUCGAUCAUAGAGACAGAUUUCGACUCCGGUGUACCGUCACUGCCAGGGAACGAUUCUCCAGAAAUGCCAAACUCCUUAGCGAGGCCUAUCAUGUCCAUUAUGUCCUCUUCUUCCUCCUGCUGGCCAGACAUGGCGUUGUCCGUAUCGUACUCCCCAUCUCCAUGGCUGUCUUGAUUUUCCCCGAGACAUUCAUCUCCCUGAUCGUAGGCCUUCCGGUGCUCAUCUGGCCUACCAUUUGUACUUCUGGAGAAUGCUCCUACUCCCUCCUCUUCUCAUCUCUAUGCUAUGUCUACAUAGCACGGUGCACGUCUCUUGUCUCAAAUUUUCGCUAUUCGCAACCUUUUGUUCACCGAGGACUUGCUCAUGAUGUCUGCGCGCUCUUCCAUCUGAAGACCAAAGUAACGCCAAGUCUGUGCGAAGCUGAGAGGACCAGUGAUGCCCUCCUCUCCUCCUUCGCAUACGAGAUGCGCAGUAGACGAGGUGUAGCUGACUCCAAGACUUGGUGCGAGCGGGUUGAUUUCAUGCAGCGGCUUGGAACACGCGAGAUGUCGCUUCGAAUUCUCCACUGA